CAUGUUUUUUUACUUCUGUCUGCCAGAGACCGUCGUUCUCUACUGAAUAUGUAACUGAAGGCUGAAGCCACAGAAAAUAAAUAAAUAUAUUUAAUCAUCCAUGGUAAAGCUCAGUCAUCAGUGUCACAGUGUGCCGAAAAUGGCGACGAAUUUUGCCGAAGGGACCGAUGAAGAAAUGUAUAAUUUUAAAGACAGAAUUUCAAGGCAACACCAGACAGUGAGGGUGCAUGCCAACAGUCACAAGUUCUAGCAGGACAGGCCUCACAAGUAAGUCGGCUUCUAAGUAAGAAAAUGAACAACAUACAAUUGUGCCAUGGUGGCUAAAAACCCAUAUAGGAUAAUGGAGAUGGACUACAGGAGGAGGGAUCUACUGCAAAGCAUUCUCAACAGCUAAUGUUUCAGAUGAGGACCCAGGCUGGCGCCUUACGACGACACUCACCAUGACAAUCAAUGCAACCGGCGCCUUCAUGAACACACUUCUCAUCAUUGCGAUAGUCCUCGAUCCUUUGAAAUUGCUUCGCAAGGGAGCUUGGAUAACCAUUCUGAACUUAGCAUUAGCCGAUUUUAUUUCAAGUGUUUCAAAUUUUCUGGAUGUCGGAUUCAACACACUUACGUUUCGUGUUUCCGGUUUGGAGCAUGUUAAAAUCAUCCGUUUCGUGUUGAUAUUUGGCAUAAGCGCGUCGUUCAUGCUUCUGACCGUUUUAACAAUUGAAACGUACAUCGUAACAAAGUUUCCUAUUCGGAGCCGGCUUAUGCUAACUGUAAAAAGAUCAGUUUUAUUUUGCCUAACAGCCUGGGUACUAGCGUUACCAUUCGGUCUCAGCAACAUCGCGUAUCGUUUCACUACGGAUUUGAAAACCGUUAUGAAAGUUUACAUCGGCCAGAUAGCGGCGUUGGAAUUGGUUGUAGUUGUCCAGGUUAUCAUAAAGUUUCUCAUAAUUGGCGAGAUCAUGAAAAGCAGGGAAAAUACUCAGCAACAACAGAGUAAUAUCAAGCAUAAAGAAGUUGCAAAAACCAUAGUUAUUCUUAACGCGAUACUCAUCGUGACUGCCCUGCCCUUUUUCGUCUCGAAACAGCUGGAGUUCCUUUGGAAGGUGGGUCUCGUUGGUGGAGAUCGCUUGGUUUGGACGUUUUCAAAUUAUUACGAGCCCAUAGCCGCGAUAAACUAUCUUGCCAAUCCUAUUUUAUAUGCUUUGCGUUGGCCCGACUACAGACGAACGCUCUUUGCUCCGUUUGCAAAGUUCAAAAGAAAAGGCGUAUUUUGCUUCUGGGUCCCUUCCAGAUUGACUCAGAGGGAACCCACAAUUAACGCUGACGAUGAAUCGUCGCCGCAUCCUGAAUCACCGAAUGUCACGACCAAGUUUUAACCGAGAAUUCCUCUGCCGAUAUACCCACAGCCUUAACAAAAAAUAACGCGCGCAUAUUCAGUCAGAGUUUCAUCUGCGAAGCACGCAGCGGUACUUAAGCCGGUAUUCCAUUACACUAGCGAUAUUCUUCGCGCGAAGCGACUUUAUUCCUUUUUAUUAUAUGGCACGCGGUCUCGUGA